AUGGCCCAGUCCACUCUCCGGGCUGUCUACCACAGCCCCGACAGUGACUCGUUCAAGGCCGUUUCCGCGCUGUCGACGGCCGAGACCAAGGCCGACCAUCUCGCCAGUCUGCGCGCGGCCGUCACUGCUGUCCAGGCCGACGUCAACCGCGAGCUGACAGCCCGCAUGGUGGUCGACGCCACUCGCUCGGCCAAGGACGCCGCCGCCGCCCAGAAGGAGGAGGCCAGCUACGGCGAGGAGAUGGUUGAGUAG